CUGCGUGAUUAAAAAAUUGUAUAGAAAGUCUCAUGAAGGAAGUAGACCCUAUUAGAGUAGGCCUGGUAGUAGAAGUAGUGUUUGUGAGGAUGAGGGAAUGUAGGGAGGAAGUGGGAGGCUUGAUAGAAGUAUAUUAAGCUGGGCUGCUGAAUGAAGCUUUCCAUUUCUUCGCUUAACAGGAAGGUUGAGCAAGAGACAGUCAGCCGAGAUGUCAGGAGGUGGGGGCGCCAUCCCUAGAAAGACCCUGACGCUCGACGAUCUUAUCGAGGCCCUGGACAAGUGUGAGAGGGCGCCGAGCAAUGUCCCGAAGGUUGAUACAUUCCAUUUUAAAGGGGAGCGGGUGUCCGAUUGGCUGGACCUGGUUGAGCAGGCGCUGGUGGGACUGGCAGACGAGGUAAUAUUUCAGCGGAUUAUGAGAUACGUCCUCCAUAGCCACCAUCAGGAAGUGAGCAAGGUUGUGGACGCCGCCGAAGACAGUUGGGAAAGGUUUAAGGAAGGGAUGUUGAGGAAGCACAGGCUGGGGGACGGCCUGUUGACUAUGGCUGACUUGGAAGCCAUGAAUAAGGAUGACUUUUCCACGAUCGGGGCGUUCGUGCACGAGUUCAAGAAGAAGGCAAGGAAGGUGCACGGGAUUUCUGAAGAGGCGCAAUGUGCCAUCUUCUUGGGUUUGCUUACUGGCACGGAGGCUUCGGAACUGACGAGUCACGGAGGGGGAAGUGAGAAGCUCACCUGGGCCACUAUCGAUAAAGGAGUGGAAGAGGGGAGUUUGGACCAGGUGGAGCAGCACCAGAUGCGGCUACAGAGGCAAAAAAGAAAGGAAAGGGACGCCACCGCAUCUGGGACCCCAGGGGUAAAGAGGAUCGUUACAGAGGUGCUGGCAGCGUUGGGCUAUGAUAAUGGGGCAGAGGUGCAGAAAAAGGGGGUGACUGUGACCCAAUGUCGGAUAUCAUGGGCAGCGGAUGAGGAGGUCGGACGCGAGGACUACGGUGGGGAGGAAACGGGCUCCCAGUAUUUACAGCGGCUGAAUGCCGUGACAGUGCGGGAUGCAGGAGGAUUGCCGAACACGGACGCACUGUCAGAGUCAUGCGCGGGGAGGCCUAUAAUUUCGCUUAUAGACCUCUACUCUGGGUAUGACCAAUUCCCUGUGUACCCACCAGACAGGCCUGUGACGGCGAUGCACACGCCCAGAGGGCUAAUUCAUAUGAAUGUAGCCCCUCAAGGCUGGACGAAUGCAGUGGCGAUGGUGCAAAGGCAUAUGAUUAGAGCCAUGCAGACGGUCAGCCCACACAUCACCCAGCCCUAUAUUGACGACUUGGCGGUCAAAGGUCCAAAGAAAAGGGAAGAAGAUGAAGUGAUGUCUGGGGUAAGGCGGUUUGUUUUGAAGCAUGUCCAAGACCUUGCUCAGGUCUUGAGCUUGCUGGAAGAGUACAACCUUACGGCGAGUGGCCCGAAGUCCAAGCAUUGUAUGAGGGAGGCGACCAUCCUAGGUUUCGUCUGUAAUGAGAAUGGCCGAAGGCCUAAUGUGAAGAAGACAGACAAAAUCGUGGAGUGGCCAGUACCCUUCCGCUCAAUCACGGAGGUAAGGAGCUUCCUCGACACUUGUGGGUUUUGGAGGAGUUUUGUAAAGAACUUUGCCGCCAAGACGGAGCACUUAAGGAAGCUCGUACGUCAGGACCAGGAAUGGGUUUGGGGUGGAGAUCAGGAGUCGGCUGUGAAGCAGAUGAAGGCAGAGUUUAAAGAAGGAGGCCUGGUGUUGGGGACGCCAAAUUACGAGGUCACUGAGGAGAAGCCAUUCAUCAUCGAGACGGACUCGGGACCUACUGCCUUGGGAGGAGUUCUGAUCCAGGCGGAUGCCGAGGGGAAGGAGAGGCCGCUGAGAUUUGAGAGUCGGACUCUUAAUACGACUGAGAGGAACUACUCUCAGUUUAAGAAGGAGACGCUCGCGGUACUCCAUUGUCUGAGGAUCUUUCGGAACUACGUUUUCGGCAGGAGGUUUGUACUAAGGGUGGACCCCACUGCGCUCGCCUGUUCCCUGAAGAACUAUACCCCAUCGGACCCAACCGUCGCGAGAUGGUUGACUUACUUUUGGAUGUUUAACUUUGAGCUGGAGAGGAUUCCGGGGGACAAGAACAGGGCAGAUGGGCUGAGCCGCAUCAACUGGGAUGAAUCGGAUCAGAAAUCGAUAGAAGACACUCCGCCAGUUGAUGGGUUCUUGGAUCAGGAAGAGGAUGUCCGCCUUCAUAUAAAUGAAUGUCCUUGCGGCUUGGCGGAGGAAGUGAGGACGAUAGAGGAAGGCCCAACUCAGGUAGAGGAGCAUGAGCAGUUGAUGGGAGGAAUGUACCUGCUCACUAACACACUUCUGCAGGGAGAUUUUGAUCGGAAGAACUCUUUUAGUCCUAUGGAAAGGGAGGACGUCAUUCCUGAGAGUCGGGAUGAUGAGUUCGAGGAAGGAGAGAUCAAGGAAGUCUUUCGGGCAGAAGAGUAUGAUGGGAUUUACCUGGAGCUAGGGCUACUCCUGUCCUGUGAGAUGAGGGAUAGAGACGCGAGUGCCAAAGCGAAGAAGAUGAAGCACCUCUACGUAGUAAGAGAUGGCCAUUUGUUCAUAAAGCGACAGGUCGGGAAUCCCAAAAGAAUUGUAUGUGGGAGGAACUGGCAGAUCGAUAUUAUAGCAUCCCUACACGAUGGUAUAGCAGGGGGGCACAGAGGGAUAGGUGCCACGUGCGCAAAGAUAAGCGAAUUGUACCAUUGGGAUGGGAUGCUGACUAUGGUUAUCAAGUACUGCCAGUCUUGUGUACCCUGUCAGGAGAGGUCGGCGCAAAGACCAAGGGAGCCCCUGCACCCAAGGCUGGAGAAGGAAGUGCGUGCAGUCGUACACCUAGACCUGCUUUUCAUGCUAGCUGGGGAGAAUGGAUGUAACUACAUCUUCGAUGCACGGGAUAACCUUACUGCUGUGUAACUGAUUGAACGCGCCGAACGCGCGUUUACGUUCAAACGCGCGCGUUCAUACCCCGCA